AUGGAUACUAAUCAGGAACCUCCGACUGAUAAAGAUCGAACAUCGACAGCGUUAACAAAACCGGCUGUGCCUGCGCCUGAUUGGAGCAUACAAAACCAUGAGAUGGACAUGUCCUCACAAGAAGCAUGUGAUAAAAAUUUAAACAUAAAUUCAUCUCAUAAAGAGUCUGUAACAAAUAGUAUCGCAAAGCAAGUAAGCAAUGGAGAUGCAAAAAGAGAUGCUCCAACUCCUACACAGAGCGUACCUAGUAAUUCCUCAUUAGUAGCAACUCCAGUUUUAACUUCUCAAAAUCGUAUACCUGGAGAAGUGGCACUUACACCUACUCAUAGUGCAUUUACGCCACAUACGUUAAAUCCACAUAGUUCUAUGACUGCACUCACUCCUAUGGUGAGCGGAUCUAAUCAAGCGAAAAACAGUAUUAAAGUUCAGAAUUGUGUAUCAACUGUGCAUUUAGGUUGUGAAUUGAAAUUAUUAGAUAUUUACUGUAGGACUCGUUUCUCUGAAUAUAACCCUGCAAGAUUUCACGGCGUAGUCAUGAAAAUAAUUGAUCCUAGAGCAACAGCAUUAGUGUUUAGAUCUGGCAAGGUCCUCUGUACAGGAUUAAGAAAUGAGCACGAUUCUUAUUUAGCUGCUCGAAAAUUUGCUAGAAUCAUACAGAAACUAGGAUAUCCAGCAAAGUUCUUGGACUUCAAAAUACAAAAUUUUAUUGCUACAGCCGAUUUACGAUUUCCUAUAAGAUUGGAGGCACUACAACAGGCACAUGGACAAUUUGCAUCGUAUGAACCAGAGUUAUUUCCUGGACUGGUGUAUAGAAUGGUUCGACCAAGGGUGGUAUUAUUAAUAUUCGUUAAUGGAAAAAUUGUUUUUACAGGUGGUAAAACAAGGGGUGAAAUUCACGAGGCCUUAGAUAUAAUCUAUCCAAUUUUAAGAAGCUACCGCAUAAGUUAA